CUCAACCUUGCUCUGGCUCAAAUUUUUCGUCAAAACUUAACAAAUACAUGAACCAUAGUUUACGUAAAACAUCUUCUACAAUAUUUACUUUUCUGCCAUUUCUUAAAUACAACAAGUACUUCAAUAAACCAACCUUUUAGCCUUGAUAUUAUUGUAUUUAGAUGAGGCACUUGGCUUUUGGUAACACAUGAACUUAUGUUUUGCAUAUUUGUUCAAGACGUUACCCGUGUGAAGUUGACCAGUCUGAUCCACCCUGGAACAAAUGAAAUACUUGUGAACUCUUAAGAUUAAAAAAUAACUAACUACAAUACAUUUUUACUUACUUUUUAUGUCACUUUUUGCAAACUUUUCUGUCAAUCAUUUGUUGUUGUAGUUUUGGCGGGAAAAUACCUGCCUAAUUAUGUUAAUUCAUGCAGAUGUAGGUGAAAAGAUCAUUUGUUUUUCAUGAUUUGAAAUAGUCGAAAUUUUUGGGGGUUUUUUUAACUGCAUAUCGUGCAAAACUGUUACAGAGGUGUAGGAUAAUCUUCUUAGAAGCUUCGCGUACGACUUUACGAGGUAAUUCUAAAGAAACGAUUGGUUUUAGCGUCUUUAUUAGUUCUUCUUGAUUCGAAACGAACGGCCAUGUUUUUCUACCAUUUGUUUUUGGUAAUGCAGAUGGAUAUAUUGGAUGCAGUAGCUCAUUUAUACGAACGAGAUCAGCUUAAUGAUGACAGAGAACUUCAAAUGCAUCAAACGUUGCCAAUGGGGUACAGGGACAAAAAUGAUUUUUCUAAAGAAGAAGAAUGUCUUCGUACUGGAGCUCACCAAAGCAGUUUUGACAGAUAUAGCUGUGAAAGAGAUACCAGUCAAGCAACCAGCCAGCCUUGUGAUGACUUUAAUGAUACCUCAGCAGAUGUUACAGCUCUUGUUGAGACAUUUGAAUGGAGUUUUUCGCCAGAGAAUCAAUUCAGAAAUUGAAAACUUUCGCGUCAAUAUAAAUGACAUCGUUGAUGACCAGCAAAUGAAUUUUAGAUCAAUGUUUAACUUGCAACCAGACAUCGGGCCUGCGCAAGAGGUUCCUAUGCAUUUGUACUCGCCUAACACUGAAAACAUCGCAUCAGAUUAUCAAGUAGUUGUGGAUAAUGGCAAACAAAACGAACAAAUGUCUGUAACUGAAUCCCCGGCGUCCACAUUCAAUAGUUUUGCCGCUUCAGAGAGUGACCAAGGGUAUUCCAGUUUUCCUCCAAAUCAUGUUAAAAGUCAGCGAGAUAUAGAAAACACCUUGGUUGAUAAAUAUCUGCUGAGGUUGAUGACGGCAAUACUCUUGAUUGGCAAUACAUUACGCCGAGAGGAAUAUAGAGUUUUUUGACUAGUAAUAUGAUCAUAUUUUAUUGAUGUUUUGGUGCCCUCAGCAACGAAAGAGGAAAUCCAAAACGUUCAUCUUCAUGCUGUGGAAGAAUCUCACAAUCUGUUACCAUGCGGUAAUCUUGCGGAAUUACCAAGAAUCCAUCUUUAAUGAACGAUGCCAACACUGAGAAUCCGUAGUUACAAAGAAAAAGAUGCUAUGCAACAAAGGAUGCAGAUUUAAUGUGUAAUACAUCACAGAUAAUUAUUUCCGAUUUUUUUUUUUCGGGACCUCGAACGAUUUCUUUAUAUACUCCCAAGCCGCCGUUUUAUAUAAUGCAUAUCUAUGAUUUGCAUGGGGUACGCUUCAUUUCAUCGCUAUUAUUUUUUACACGGGGCAUUAUUUUCCAGGUUUCGUGUUUCCUAAUCUAGUGUAAAACCCCCUGAUGUUUAAGGCAAUAAUAUCA